GUGUCUGCGUGAGGUAGGACGGCGGCGACGCGGGGAGGGCUGCUCAGUUCAGGGGCGACGAGCGGAGGGGCAGCGGGGCUUUGGUCAAGUUGGUGAGCACUUCUCCAGAAGGCAAUGGACCAUGCCAGAGCGGCAAUCUCAAACUUGUUUGGUGGCGAGCCGACGUCGUACACGCGCUUCAGCAUUGCCCGACAAAUGGAUGGAGACAACAGCCAUGUGGAGAUGAAGCUGUCUGCUGAUGAUGAGGAUGGAGGGGAAACUGGGAGACCAGAGCACCUGCAUGCCAGCAUGCCCCCUCCACGGAGGAUUGGCAGGCAGCUCUGCUUCCUAGUCAUUGCGGCUGUCCUCCUCCUCUUGAUUGGGUUUCUGAUUGGCUACUUGAGUUAUCGUGGACGAAUGCAGAAGGCUAGCAGGUGUCUGGAUGCAAGUGGCAAGUGUGAGAUGACUCCUACCACAUCUUACUUAAUGGAUGAUGAUGAAACUGAGGAAGAAGAGGUUCCUGGACCAGUUGUCUUCUACUGGCCUAAGCUCAGAGACAUGUUGUCGGAGAGGCUAUCAGCGGGACGUCUUCAGGACAACUUGAGGCAAAGAGCAAUUAAGAACUCGUUUGAAGCUGGCCAGAGUGAAGAUGAGAAUGUUGCCAUCUACAUUCAUGAGCAGUUCACCAGCUUUCUCAUGGAUGAAGUGUGGAAUGAUGAGCACUACAUCAAACUGCAGGUCAAAGGCAGCAGCAACAACACAGUGUCUAUUCUGGAAGAUGAUAAAGAAGAGUUACUGGAGACUCCUGAUGCAUAUGUGGCGUACAGCAAGACUGGCUCAGUUGUUGGCAAACCAGUCUACGUGAACUAUGGACGGAAAGUUGAUUUUCAGAAGAUACAGAAGCCGGGUGUUUCACUGAAUAACACUAUAAUCAUCUUCAGAGCUGGAAAAAUAACACUGGCUGAAAAGGUUGCAAAUGCCCAAGCAGCCGGAGCAGUUGGUGCCCUGAUGUACCUGGACCCCUCCGAUUACGAGAACACAGAUACGCUUGUCCCCUUUGGCCAUGCCCACCUGGGAACUGGAGACCCCUUCACCCCAGGCUUUCCUUCUUUCAACCACACCCAGUUCCCACCAGUGGCAUCUUCUGGACUACCUCGCAUUGCUGUUCAGACUAUCUCUAGCAAAGCAGUAGGCAAGCUGUUCAGUAAAAUGCAUGGAGAGGAAUGCAUUCUGGAGUGGAAAGGUGGCAUCAUGGGAUGUAAGGUGAUGCUGAACAGCACGAGCAAGAUGACAGUGAAACUGACCGUGAACAACGCUAUGGUGGACAGGAAGAUUCUGAACAUCUUUGGUGCUAUCAAGGGAUUUGAAGAACCAGAUCGAUAUGUUGUGAUUGGAGCCCAAAGAGACUCCUGGGGCCCAGGAGCGGCCAAGGCUGGCGUUGGAACUGCCAUGUUGUUGGAACUUGCCCGUGUGAUCUCGGACAUGGUGAAAAACGGUGGCUACAAACCAAGGCGCAGCAUCAUCUUUGCCAGCUGGAGUGCAGGAGAGUACGGAACUGUGGGUGCUACUGAAUGGCUGGAGGGAUACUCUGCCACACUGCAUGCCAAAGUCUUCACUUACAUUAACUUGGAUGCUGCAGUUGUAGGUAACUUGCUAUUCUACUCUUAAGUUUCUUGAAACUGAGUGGGACCAGAAAAGCUUGAGAGACAUCCCUUAAACUCCAGGAAUGGGGACUGUGGCAGAGA